UCUAUGUUGGCUUAGAGAGAGGGUCUUAUUUUCUUCAUAUAAAUUCACCACAAACAACUUUUCUUGCGAACCGGUUAUUAUUUGUUGGGAAAUAAUGGCAGUGAUGAAGAAGAAGAAGAAGACGACGAUGAAAUGGCAAGACUAUUUUCCGAGGUGUUUCAGGGUUGAGAACCCUAAUCCAAAGCCCAAAAAACCUGUUUCUAAACAGCCUUCAUUUCAGAGGAUUUCGUUAUCGGAUUUAAGCAGUUCAACACUUUCUGAAGAUCUAUCUAUUUCUCUAGCAGGCUCGAAUAUUCACGUCUUCACUCUUCAAGAGCUGAAAGUGAUCACGCAGAAUUUCUCGUCAAGCAAUUUUCUUGGCGAAGGAGGGUUCGGGCCGGUUCACAAAGGGUUCAUUGAUGACAAGCUCAGACCGGGUUUGAAGGCUCAGCCAGUGGCUGUAAAGCUCCUCGACUUGGAUGGGACACAGGGUCAUAGAGAAUGGCUGACUGAAGUGAUUUUUCUUGGGCAAUUGAGACAUCCAAAUUUGGUGAAAUUGAUAGGAUACUGUUGUGAAGAACAACAUAGGCUUCUGGUAUAUGAAUAUAUGCCUCGAGGCAGCCUCGAGAAUCAACUCUUCAGAAGAUACUCGGUUUCGCUUCCAUGGUUGACAAGAAUUAAAAUUGCUCUCGAAGCUGCAAAAGGGCUAGCUUUCCUCCAUGAAGCUGAGAAACCUGUCAUAUACCGAGACUUCAAAGCUUCGAAUAUUUUGUUAGAUUCGGAUUACACUGCUAAACUAUCAGACUUUGGGCUCGCAAAGGACGGUCCAGAAGGUGAUGAGACGCAUGUUUCAACGCGGGUUAUGGGUACACAAGGUUAUGCUGCCCCGGAGUACAUCAUGACAGGUCAUUUGACCGCAGCAAGUGAUGUAUACAGUUUUGGAGUAUUACUAUUGGAGCUACUAACAGGAAGAAAAUCAGUAGACAAAACCCGUUCGCACAGAGAACAGAACCUGGCGGAUUGGGCCAGGCCUAUGCUCAAGAAUCAUAGAAAGUUAAGUCGGAUAAUGGAUCCGAGGCUGGAAGGGCAGUAC